AUCGCUGGGGUUUUCGUGCAGAGCCGGGCAGUGGCCUCCAUCCCGGGAAUGCCGCUCCCGGGGGAAUUUGUAGCCGCGGGGUCCAGGACGACCCCGAGGAAAUGUUCACCCAAACGUGAUCCCAAAGUUCAUGUUUCCCGGUGUCACUCGUCCCCAACUCAUCCAAGAGCGAGGAAACAACGAUGGGUCAUCCAAAGCAUUAUCCCCGAGGGGAAACUGAGGCACGGGAACAGGCUGGGAUCACUGGAGACAGAAUCCCAGUACGUUCCCGGUCAAAAAGUGUGGUUUGGGGCACAUCAUGCAACGGGUUUCCACCGGAUUCCCAACCCACUGGUGGACACGGGAGAGCUUUCCCGGGGCCAGCCGCAUGAUCUCAGAGGCAGGAAUGUGCCGGGCUUUUGUCGGAGCAUCGCCCUGUUGUGUCUUUCUUGCAUCCUGUAAGAAAACAAACAAAUCCCUGGCAGGAAUUAUCCCAGCAGGGCCCGGCUGAGUUCACCCUCGCCCACCGGAAAUCCAGUUUUCGCAUUUUUUGAGAGGGGAGUAAAGUUUCUGUGGCUGGGGGCAAGUCCCCUGUGGCUCUGUCUUGGCUAUUCCUGGCCCCUUGGUAUCAUCUUUGGAGCCAAAUUCCCAGGAGUGCCUGCAUCUUUCAGUUUAUCUCUGGCAUUCCCUCUCGACACGCGCUGGUCACACUCAGGAUGUUUUCAACAGAUUUCCUUUCCUUGGAUUGCUUUUUUCCGGAAUGGAUCCCCACAGCCCUCUGCACUACCAGUAUGGAUACAGAGCUGGGGGGAUCCAUCCAAGACCCCCCAGCUGCACUCCCCCAGUUGCACACAGGUCCAUCUGUCCUAGCCAUAGAGGGUUUUCCAUGCAGAUCCCAGUGGCUUCAACUUUCUGUGCUAGAAACUGCCCCCAAAUACCCCAAAUUUCUCUCCCCCAGCAGAGCAUCCCUUCUGGGAGCUAUUGUCCUGGCAGCCCUGGGGUCCCUGCUGCCCCCCCAGUCCCCACUCUUGGAGGGCCUGAUCCUUCCCAGCUCUGUUCUGUCAGUGGACACUGCCCAGAAAGGCGAAAAGUUGGUGAUUUUUCCCAAUCCUACAGAAUAAACCUCCCCCAGUUUGGAUGCAAGCCCUUCCCACAGGCUGGAGAGGAGGAGACUCUGUGCCGGGGCUGGCAUCUUUCACUGCCAGCCCCCUGGUUUUUAUUCCUGUAGGAUUUUCCCUUGCUGGCGCUUUGUAUUGUCUCCCAGCGACAGCAAGGGGAGCCAAGGCUGGGCAAUUCUAUGCCCACCAUCCCUUUUCUUUCUGGCUGUGCCAGCAUUAUGCUUGGCAAGAGCAACAGCUUUUGGGGGAUGUGAGGAGGAGGCGUUGAGCACCAGACCCCUACAAACGCCUGGCCCACACAGUGGGGCUAAGUGGUGCUUUCCCCCUUUCCCUGCACUCCAGUUCUGCCCAGAAAUUAUGGCCAGGUCUCAAUGCCUGAUGCUUUCAGCUUAUUUCCAGGAUAUUCUCUCAUGCCCAGAGGCAGUGAGCCCAGAGAAAAGCCCCUUUUGUGGUGAGUCUGUCAUCAUUCUGGGAAGGAUGCAAUGGGGAUGCAGCUGCCCAAGGUUAUCCUCGAGGUCAAGGCUGCAGUCAGGGGUUCCUGGGGCUGCUUGGUGCUGUACAGCCCCAUGGAGUGGGGAUAUUCUCUCCUUUAAUCCUUUUAUAUCCCCCCAAAUUGGGGUUGUCCUGGACUGGAGGAUGUAGAGGAGCUGGAGGUAGAGGGUCAUGCUGGGUGGCUGUGGGGGAACCUAUGGCAUCUUCAUCCCUGGAUCCCCCUGUGGACAGUUCCCAGUGCCAAGAGCAUCCAGAAAAGCCACAAGAAAAUAAUGCUUUGGAUGAGGAAACAUCUGAAGAGGCUGCAGGAAACGGCUGUGGCCACACGCUGCUGACACCCCACAGUGGCACCCUGAGCUCCAAGAACUACCCGGGCACGUAUCCCAACCACACCAUGUGUUGCUGGCGGCUCCAAGCCCCCCCGGGCUCCUCCCUACUCCUGGCAUUUGGGGAUGUGGAUCUGGAGCCCUCAGAGCACUGUGCCCACAGCUCCUUGCUGCUCGCUGACCCCCAGACCGGCACUGCCUAUGGGCCCUACUGCAGGAACUCCGUCCCUUCUGCCCCACUCCUGGUGACAAACUCCAGCACUGUGACCGUCCUGUUCAACAGCACCAGCCACCGCUCGGGACGAGGCCUCCUCAUGUCCUAUGCCACCUCACAGCACCCAGACCUGAUCUCCUGCCUAGUUCGAGGCACCCACUACACCCAGGAGUACAUCAGUGUGUACUGCCCUGCAGGCUGCAAGGACAUCCAUGGGGACAUCUGGGGCAACCCAAGCCAGGGCUACCGGGACACAUCGGUGCUGUGCAAGGCAGCUGUGCAUGCUGGGGUGAUUGCGGAUGAGCUGGGAGGGCAGGUCACCCUGUCCCGAGAGAAGGGGAUCACGCUCUAUGAGUCAGCCUUUGCCAAUGGGCUCCGCUCCAAAAGGGGAUCUCUCUCUGAGAAGCGACUUGUAUUCCACAAAGCCUGUGAUGAUGUGCUGGAGGUGGUCACCUUCAAUGCCUCGUCCUGGUGGCAUGAGGUGGACGUGCUGGGCCAGGACCGAGCCUGGGUGGCCGAACGGGCAGCACUUAGCACCACUGGCCAUUCCUGGGCAGCCAAACCCGGUGCCAAGGCUGCCUGGCUGGAGCUGGACCUGGGCACCCGAAAGAAUGUCACAGGCAUCAUCACAAAGGGCUCCUCGGAGCAGCACGACUACUACGUGACAUCCUACCAUGUCUCCUCUAGCCGUGACGGGAAGAAUUGGAGACCCUACAGAGGCAGCAGUGGUCAGGAGGACAAGGUGUUUGAAGGAAAUGCUGACAGCCACGGGGAGGUCUCUAACGCCUUUAUCCCCCCCAUCGUCGCCCGCUACAUCCGUGUCACACCGCAGAGCUGGCACCAGCACAUUGCCCUGAAGGUGGCCCUGAUGGGCUGCCAGCUGGCACGGGUCCGCAUACCCCGUCCCUAUGAGCCCAGUGUCCCCAAGGAGGUGCUUGAAGCCACCAGCCACCCACCCAGCCACACCCCCAUCCCUGGCAUUGCCCUGGACCCAGAGAAGGCAGGCUCCACACUGCUGGUGAUACUGCUUAUUGGAGGCUUUGUGCUCCUCUGCUCCUGCCUCCUGCUCCUGGCUUUCCUCUGCCACAGGAAGAGGAAGUCAGCAGUGGAGCUGAACUGUGGAAUCACAAAAGGGUACCCCAAGCUGGAGUCGAGCCAGGUCUGCUCCCUGCAGAGCCUGCCAGCCCCCAGCCUGGCCUCCUUCCCCAUGGCCCCCACACCAGGGGCCCUCAGCUGGACCCAUUCGCCAGAGUACACUGAGCCAGACCUGGUGCAGGCGAACCCCAGCAGCCAGACAGGUCCCUCCACCUUCAAACCACUCUUAGAAGAGGGCUACACUCUACCACUGGUCCUGAACCACUACGACGUCCCAGGGAAGCACAAUGAGUACGCGGAGCCACUGCCGCCAGAGCCUGAGUACGCCAUGCCAUUCACUGAGCCGGAGCCUGCCGGGAUGCACCGCAGCCCUUGCAUCAUCACAGGACCUGCCGAGUGCUCCCCGGGGCAGUACCAGACCCCUGCCCUGCGGCCCGGGGAGCUGCCAGCUGCGGUGGAGGGGACUGGCACUCCCUGUUCUGAGGAGUCCCGUGGGUGGCCUAGGCACUGUCCCCUCGCACACGUGUACCAUGAAGCUUUGUGAGGAGGGGAGCACAACAGCACGGUAUUGGGCGGGGGGGAAAGCGUGUAAAGGAGGACCUUCCCCGCGCUCGCAGUGGGCUUUUUAAAAGUAAUCAUAUGUAAAUAUAUGCUUUAUACAUAGAAAGACAGA